CAUUUUAGACCAUUUCUUCUCCUACAUCCUCACCAUCGGAAAUUUGGGGGUUUUCACAUGGCCUCCGCGAUUGUGCUGCUACCAGCAACAAGACGAACAUCACCAGCAACCAUAUUAAACUUCACCCGCAAACUGAACAUUACCGCCUGCAACUACUCAUCUUCAUCCGCAUCAAGGAGGAAACAGUUGAUUCUUUACUCAAAGCCCGGCUGCUGUUUGUGCGAUGGCCUUAAAGAAAAACUUAAUACUGCCUUUUCUCUCUCUUCUCCCACCCCUCAUUCCUUUUCACUCCAUGACGUCGACUUGCAGAUCAGGGAUAUAACGAGCAAUCCUGAAUGGGAAAAGGCUUACCAGUACGAGAUACCGGUCUUGACUAGACUCCGUUCUGAUGGCACUGAGGAAGUCAUUCCUAGAUUUUCCCCGCGUGCUGGAGUAGACCACAUCCAAUCAAAGUUAGCAGCUGCACUCAGUCGAGACGAUUAGAUCAAAGGUUCCAUACUUUUAUGACGUUUCAUGAAACUACAUUAUUAAUUAGAAAACACAAUGUCUGUCGGACACCCAUUUGUACAUUACAGACCAUUGUCUGCUCCUAGAGUUCUUGACUGGUGAUCAUAGCAUCAAAACCUUCCAAUCAUAUGUCGUUUUUACCAUCACCCGAUUAGCUCAUUUAUGCCUAUCCACUUUUGUAUUCAAUUGAACUCAUAUAUGCUUGUUAUGAAACCGUUGUGUUUGUUUAAACUAGUACUAUCUACCAUGAGUAAUGAUUGAAUUUGUGAACCUCAA